AUGAAGGAUCGCUACCGAAUUACAAAUCUUGUCGCACCACAGGAUUCUAAAGAUCCAGCAACAAAAUAUUACGUAGACAACACAUUCCUUGACACAGAUGGUUCCUACCCCAUGAAGGGAAAUCUUAAUAUGGCCAACAAUCGAAUAUUAAAUCUGCCAGCUCCAUCAGGUUCCAAUCAACCAACACCAUUAGCUUUCACAGAUAUGAAGUACCUCCACGUUGCUGGAACAAAUAAAAUGACUAAUAAUCUAAACAUGGAUAAUAAAAAAAUAAUUAACCUUAGACCGCCAACAUCAAACACUGAUGCAACAACUAAAAAGUAUGUAGAUGAUGCAAUACCUGAUACUAAUUCUUUUAUAAAAAAAGAUGGAAGUGUAGUAAUGACUGGAGACUUCAACACUGGCGGUCACAAAAUACUAAAUCUUCGAACACCUACAACAAACAGUGAACCAGCAACCAAAAAGUAUGUCGAUGAUAAAACUUCUUCUGGUGGAAGCAGUGGAGGUAGUUUAGACCUAUCUAAUUAUUUGAAAAAAGAUGGUACCGUUACUAUGACUGGUAACCUAAAUCUUGGAAACAAAAAAAUAGUUGGUCUCGCAACUCCUACAUCAAAUACAGAUGCUGCAACAAAAAAAUAUGUGGAUGAUAAUAGUGGAAGUCCAGACCUGUCUGAUUACUUGGAAAAAGAUGGUAGCAUCGCUAUGACUGGAAACUUAAAUCUUAACAACAAUAAAAUAAUUAACCUCAGUGACCCAACCACAGAUAAACAAGCUGCUAAUCGCGGAUGGGUUCGUAAACAAAUAGACCGCCUUGAUCAUCAUUCUGGAAACGCCUCAAGUGGUGUGUUUACUAUAACAGAUCCAGCUGCGCCAACGACUUUGUAUCUACAGUUUGUCUCAGGUUCAUCAUUUGAUGAUUUUGUUUUUACAACAUCAGCACCUGGUCAACCUCUUGUAGGGUGGGCACCAACUGCUAACACAUACAUUAACAAAAUAGAAUUUCAAUUUGGUUCGCGAAAUGUAAACGUUGACUUUCUGUGGUUUAUUCCUAGAGACAGUUCCAAUUCCAAUUCUAACUUUUGGGUAAGUGGAAAUCGAACUGGCACUUGGUCAUUAAUUAUUCAGAAGUCUUGGAGUUAUGAUAUGUCAGGAGUAAGACUGCGAACUCAUAACAAUUCAAAUCACACAGCUAUCACUUGUCGGUUAUUUACUGAUCUACCAAAAGCAAUAACCAAACCACUUAAGAGAAUAGAAAUCAACACACCUAAAAUUGUAAUAAGUGGGGUUAUAAAAGCUGAUAUCGACCUUGGUGGUAAUAAAAUAGAGAAUCUGGGUGUAGCAACCCAAGACAAUGAAGCAGUAACCAAAGGUUAUGUUGACAAUCUAGUUUCUCAUACUGCAGUUCAACCAAGUCAUUAUAAAGAUGAGUUUAGUUACCUCAUGUUAAGUGCAUCUCAAUGGACUGAUGAAAUAGAUACUGGAUAUAGUUUUGAUAUAAGAAGUAUAGGAGAAUUAACUCCUUCUAAAGGUAAUUUUCAUGACUAUAACUACAAAGUACUUUUCAUGACUAUAUAUAAAAAUUGGGGAGGUAGAUAUAGAUAUAAGAUGGGAAUUAAUUUUUACAGACUAACUGCAAAUACUGAUUACACGUUGUGUUUGGAAAUACUAAACAGUGAUUAUAAUCUUUGGAAUAAUACACAAAUAAGUGUUGACAAAGGAACUUCAACAGGAUUAUCAAUUGGACAUUUAGGUGUAAAAAAACUAUCCCAUAACUAUACUGAUUCAACAGGGAAAACACAAACUAUGUACUACCACAGAAUAAUAGUUAAUUUCCGGAAGUUGUCAUCUGGUAAAAGGUUCUUUCUUCACAUUUUGGUUGAUAUUCUUCGUGGUGGAUAUAAUGUGGCUAAGUAUCCGAGACAGUUUAUGGGGGUUUAUAUGAUUGCUUAUGGUAUUAUGGGUACAUUUAGUAAUAUCGAUCCAGAUAAAGUUUACGAUUAUCACACCGCAUUUGAUAUCUACCCAGGAUAUGUGAUGUACAAUGUUCCCCCCAUCAUAAAUCGAAAAAAAUUAGCACAUAUCAGUCUUGACCAAAUAAGUGAUGAUAAUUUUGCAACAAUUAAAUCAGUAAAAGAGUUAAUUCCUUUACUAGAAAAAAAGAAUUUGUAUGAAAAAUACUUUAGUGAAUUCUAUGACUUUGCUGAUGCAGAUAGUUAUGGAAUAAAUAUAGGUUCAUCUGGAGUUAUUAUUAAUUCUUUAAAGCCUAAUAUUACACUACCUCCUAAUAAAGACCUAAGUGAAAUAACAGAAAAAGGAUUACAUGUUAAUGGUUAUGAUGUUACUUUUUCUCCUUCACAUUCUUCAAAAUCUACUUUAUGUAUUGUUUUUAGUCAUUGGAGAAAUAGGAGUUUUACCCUAACUAAAUAUUUAUCAACAAACAAUAAUAUGUUAGUAAAAUUGGAUUAUAAUAAAUCAAAUAAUAAAGUAACUUUAACUGUCAACAAAACAACUCAAAAUUUUACCAUGCCAGGUAGUUUUAAUGGAAAAAUAAUUGUUUUAUAUCUGUCAGAAAAUCUUAGUUCCAAUGUCACAAAAGUUAUAAUUAGUAACUACAGCUCAACAUUAACUAUACCAGCUGUUAAUUACAAUGCUAAUCAACGUUGGAAGUUUACAACUGAAGAUGGAGUGAUAUUAAGAUUAAUGUACUCUACAAACUUUUACGAUGACGACUCUAUUCAAUUUCACAAAGUAAUGCUUCAAGAAAAGUUAAGUGGAAGUUAUGUAAUAUAA